AUGACUGAAAUUAGAGUCAAAGAAGGCGAUGGCAAAAUUUUGCUCACAAUGCCAACAGAUAGAAACACCACAGUCAACGACAUAGUUGUAGCGAUCCACGAACAAAAACAAAUCCCUCUUGACAAAAUCUCAUUGCUGCUUCCUAAUGAUUUGCCAUUAGAACUCAAUAAAAAGCUUCAUCACUAUAAUAACCCUACAGAUAUAUUUCUUGCGACAGAGGUGUGGCUUUCCUAUUACUCAGAAGAGCACCAGAAAGCAUAUUAUUAUGACCCUUACGAAAAAGAAACAAAAUGGGAACUACCAAUCUGGGCAAAAGCUGCCCCAGGCCCAGAAGGAGAAAACGUAGAGCUUCUUGACCUUUUCCAGCCUAAAGACAAGCAUGCUAAAUAUUCUCAUUUAAUUAGACCUUCUGAUUGGCUAGAAGGCAAAAACUAUUUAAAAAGACCAGCAAGGAAACAAAUAGAAAAAUCUUACAAUAAAGAUUAUGCCUAUAAACAAGGAGAUGACGAAUAUAAUAUUUGGUAUGAUAAAUACUUUAAUGAUAGAGGAGUCAAAGAAAGAGCGCCUGCAUCUACUCGAUGUGACCCUAUAAAAGAUAUUGGCUACUGCAAGGCUGACAUAUACGAGCCAGAAACUGCUUAUUUGUGCUUGCAUUUUAUUAGAGGCUGCUGCAGUGAAGGGGCAAACUGUCGAUUUUUCCACCACAUGCCGAGUUUAGAAGAAUGCAAAAAAAUCCAGCCAAUUAAAGACAUUUUUGGGAGAACCAGACAUGCAAAUCACCGAGAUGACAUGCAAGGAAUCGGCUGUUUUCAAAAAGAAUCAAGGACUCUUUAUGUGUCUGAUAUCAAGCUACCACCUGGAGAUGACCCAAUUCAGCAGGUAAAUGAGAUGUUAUGGAGGCAUUUUUCUAUAUGAGGAAGGGUUGAAGAUGUCACGUUUAUUCCUCAAAAAUGCAUUGCUUUUAUAAAGUAUUAUCAUAGGUGCUAUGCAGAAAUUGCGAAAGAAGCAAUGACAAAUCAAGCUCUAGACUAUGAUGAAAUGCUGAGCAUUAAGUGGGCUAAUGAUGACCAGAACCCAGCAAGGGAAAGUCAGUAUUCAGAGUUGUGGCAUAAGCAGCAAAUUGAAAAGGAAAGGGAAGAUAAGGGGAAAAAGAAUAGUGAAAAGAAAAAGGGGAAAGGAAAGGUAGAAAAAGAUAAUAAGGUAGAGUUUGAUUUGCCAAAAAAGCUGCCGCCACCUGUAGAUGUGACAGAGCUGGAAAGGCAGCUGAAGGAAGAAGAUGAAGAGAAACAGAAAAUUGAUGAGAGAAUGAAGAAGAUGAAUAAUAUUUUGGAUAGGAUUAAGGUAGAGCAGCCUGAGACACUUGCUGAAAUUAUUUUUCCAGCUGGAAUUGACCCAACUAUCCCAUAA